AUUUCCAUGAGUGAUUACAAAAACUAAGUGCUCAAUUCUAUUGUUACUUACACAUAAGCAGCGUUUCCACUCAUAUACAUACUUAUCUGUUUGUAUGCCGUUAAAAGCGUUUAUUUAGCAAAAUAAAUGAUUAUUUGUGCACGCGAAAGUUUAACGCUAAAAAAACGAAGUUGAUUUUUAUGCUCCCGAAAGUGUUAAUGGUUUCAAAAAAAACAUUAUAAAAUGCUGCAAAUUAAAUAGAAAGUGUUUUUGUGAAGUACUUAGCUGCUAAUAGACUACAUACAUACAUACACAAUUAAUUUCCUACGAAAUUUAAUGUGAACAUUUAGAAUUUUAUAAGAUAACUGAAAGUAUGGAAGUUAAAGAAAACGUUCCUCUUGAAAAAUACCGAGCUAUAAAAUCACAAACAUAAAUACACACUAUAAUACGUGAUUUGCUCUCACAAGAAACUUUAUAAGUGUAUUUCAAAAUAGCAUUUUAUGAUGCUUUAAUUAAAAACAUAUACAGCUUAGCGCCGCAGUGCCCUUAAUUAAUCAAGUAAAAGCAAAAACAAUUUAGCUCACAGCAAAAUUGCAAGCAUUGCGAAUAUAGAGCUAACGUUAAAAUAAACCUAUACAAACACACAAGUUAACGCAUACAGAGAUCCGUUGUUUUUGGGGCUCACAACAGUUUUGUGUCUACAAAAAUGUUCGCCACCAUACGGCAUUUGUUUGGUGGUGUCGUCGCCGUCGCCCAAGCGGACCCACUAACACAUGUGUCCGAGCAACAACAUGCGCCGUCUGCGAAAAAGCCAACAAAAAUGUCAAAAAAAUUGCGACAACAACAGCAACUCGAACAAAUGCAACAAAUGCUAUUGCUCGACACCGAAACCUAUUCCAAUUUGCGUUAUGAGCGCACCAAACUCAGUCACAGCAGCCUGCUGCUGCAUCAGAUCGCACAAGACAGCACAACGGACGAGUGUAACGGUACGCUCGACACGCUCGUACCACUAACAUUUGCCUCGGCCGCAACACCGAUAAUAUUGCCCAGCGGUUAUCGCGGCACAACGCCUGCUGAGAAGCAACAAAACACCAACGUAAUACCUGGAACGCGUUUGCUUUCCGGCACGACACCGUCGCCUUCACCGCCGCCGACAUCACAACUGCCGCCACCGACGUCAACGCGACACACGCAUUCAUCGCCGCCACCAUCGACAACGGGUAGCGUGCCACCUGCCCUGAGUGGUGGUGGUUAUUCAACGCAUUUGCCACACGAUUACAGCCUCUGUGAUUCGUGUCGUCCGCUGCGUUUCCAAAAUUCGCUCAUAAAAUCGGGUAGUCCUAGUUCGGUGUCGCAAAAAAGUUAUAGCGCAACCUCAGCGCGUUAUCUCAAUUUAAAUUCGAGUGCGUCGAGUAAUCGUUUCAAUUCGCUGCCGCCGUCGUCGAUCGUGACACCAACACCGCCGCCGCCGUUACCACAAACACAACAACAACAAUCCGCAGCACAGCCAGCGUCAUCGUAUCGCAGCUUUUAUCCUUUCUCUCGUUUACAGCCACGACGCACAACCAGCGCCAGCAUGUCGCAAUCCGGAGACGAUCUACACUCGCCCAGCUAUCUGUCCUGGCGCAAGCUGCAGCUGAGUCGCGCCAAACUAAAGGCGUCCAGCAAGACGUCGGCAUUACUUUCCGGUUUUGCCAUGGUCGCAAUGGUUGAGGUCCAAUUGGAUAGUAGCACCAAAGUGCCUGCCGGUAUGCUCGUCGCCUUCGCCAUCUGCACCACGCUGCUUGUGGCAGUUCAUAUGUUGGCGCUUAUGAUCAGUACUUGUAUUUUACCAAAUAUCGAAACAGUUUGUAAUUUGCAUAGCAUCUCGUUGGUACACGAAUCACCGCAUGAACGCCUACACUGGUAUAUUGAAACGGCGUGGGCCUUCUCCACGCUACUCGGACUGAUACUCUUCCUACUCGAGAUAGCUAUACUUUGUUGGGUGAAAUUUUAUGAUUUAAGUCAGCCAGCCGCUUGGUCGGCAUGCAUCGUACUUAUACCGGUAAUGAUAGUCUUCCUAGCAUUUGCGAUACACUUCUAUCGUUCGCUUGUCACACAUAAGUACGAAGUUACCGUUUCGGGCAUACGCGAACUGGAGAUAUUGAAGGAACAAAUGGAACAGGAUCACAUCGAUACGCAUCAUCAUCAUCUGCAUCGUAAUAACGGUUUGAAUUAUGGCGCCAGUGGUGAAAUAGUUUAAACACCAUGCUUGACGAAAGUCCAUAACCAUGUUGCUAUGGUGGUGACAGCUUGUUAUUUAUCGGGAAUACACUUUUUGCAUAUUUACACUGGAGAAGAGACAUCUGUAUGCGACCUCAUACAUUUAGGCGAUAAAGUUUUUAUACGCUACUUUUUACACGAAUAUAGACAUUGCUAACGACUAACAAAUAACAAAUCAAAAUACAUUAUGUAUAUAUAUUUUUAUGUAGGUUAGUCAUUUGUUAUUGUAUGUACACGAAAACCGAAUUGAAUUGAAUUCUCAAAGAAUUCAAAUACAAUUGUGAUAUUGGUAAAUGCGUUUUAUUUUCAAUUGUGAAAUGCAUUUCGGCAUAUCUUGUUUAAUUUAACGCUUAAUUUUUUAAUAUUAUAAUAUUACAUAUAAAUUUAUAUAAUUGAAAUGUGUUUAUGUAAGCCUUAAAGUAAGCGUUGUUAAGGAAAUACUUUGUGCACUUGAAAAUUAAUACGUUGCCAUGCUACGCAAAGUUUAAUUACAAUUAAAUUUUAUUUACCAGCAAUAUUGUAGAUUUACGUUGUGAAAGAGUCAUUGGCAGUUGCCGGUGUGGAGCGCCAACAAAGCCAUUUAGAUGCAGUGUAAAGAUGUGCAAAUCGAAUAUGUUAUGAAUUCAACUGCAUAUAAACGUAAAAUGAUUCUUUCACAUUUAUCCAUCAAACUACCUUAAUUUACUUAAUUUUUAAAAUACUACUUUUAACAUAGUUUUAAGGAUAUGUAAUUAAAGAUAUAACUUGAAAAAGAUAA